UCGCAGUUCGCAGGCCCCCCAGGGGUGGCAAGGUCAGGCAGCACAGCACAGUGAGAGGCAGGCCGGCAGGAAGAACAAGAGAGGAGCGGGUGAGAGGCCGGAGGGAACAGAGGAGGAAGGAAGCGGAUGAGUGCACGAUCGCAGUGCGUUAUCCAAAACGAGAAUCCAACGCAAGAAGCCGGGAACAAGUCUGACUCUGGACGCGUCCAAGUCUGGGUUUUUGACCAGAAACCUCGAAAGCACUCAAAAGGCGGCGACGGAUAGACACUUGGAGGCCCAAGACACACAACACACAUCGCCGAUGAUAUGCGAUCCUCUCGAACCUUGUGCUUGAUCCUCCCCCCUGGGGGGAUCCUUCUCUUUCUUGAUGCCCGCGAAGACCAUCUUUGUGCCGGGUAUGUACUUCUUCGGGUUGACGAGGUACGGCCCACGGUCGCUUGGCCCCCUAGCCAAAAUUCCUUCCCCGACGGAGCUCCAGGGGGAGAAGGAAGAAGCUGGCAGUAACAAUACGAGUGGCAGUAGUAGUGGUACUGAUGCUGUGCUGCUGCGCUCUGUGCGGACAAGGCUCUGCGUGGCUGCGCUGGAGCCCCUUCUGGCACUCAGGGUGCCCCAAGCGACCGUGGAGGAAUUCGUACAUGUGCUUGUGCGACCAGACGAUGCCGGAAUUCUUGUUGGCCUCGGAGUAGGCGAAGCCCUCCAGGGUUCCAGACUGGCGGCCGAAGACGCCCCACAAAGGGGGGCCCUGCUUGGCGUUGCCGCCCUUCUCGAUCGUGUGGCACUGCGCGCACUUUGCCUUGGGAGCUUCGCCCCCUUCUUCACUUCCCCGUCCGGCACCUCCACAUCAGGCUCGGCCAUCGGCAUGGCUGCUGCCCGCAGCUUCGGAGCGCGCGGCGCGGGCCCCGCGAGGGAAGCACCGGACGCCUCAACCGGGCUUACAACAGCCUGGGCCAGAACGGCU